AUGGCCACGCAGGGCUUCGGCGCGCCAGGCACGCGCCCUGAGGAGGACACCUGCGUCAUCCCCUUCUCCUACGACAUCGACCGGGAUAUGCGCAAGUGGGAGACUACGGCCGCCAUCGCCUGGGCCAUCAAUGCGCCUCGCCGUCUGGACGCACUCGAUGUCGACCGCGCCAUCCGCGCUGAGUUCCGCAUCAGCCACGCCGACAUCGUCGUCACGCCACACCAUCCGAAGCAGUUCCUGGUCAAGUUCGCGAACAAGGCGCACUGCGACGAGGUGCUCGCGAGGGGCCGAAUGACGGCCCGCGGCCUCACCGUCCGCAUCCGCCCCUACAGGCCUCUGGAGCACGCCUUUGCCGCCGCCAUGGCAUUCAAGGUGCACCUGUGUCUCGAGAAGGUGCCGGCCUUCGCCUGGACCCCACGCAUCGUCGAGCGCGUCAUCGGCCGUCGCUGCUCCUUCGAUCGGCUCGACAGGCGGUCGGCGUUCAUGGAGCAGACGGACACCCUGGACCUGUGGGCUUGGAUGACCAACCCGAGCCUCAUCCCCAAGGUAAUGUGGGUCACCUUCAUGGGCGCUCGCUUGAUGAACGCGCCGAUGAAAUCCUCGUCACCGACUACCGGCCGUCGGGGGUCAAGCGGGGUUCCUCCUACCGUGUCAUCAUCCCCCUUGACACCAAUGAAGACUACACCGCCGCCCCCCUCGACUACAACACCAGCUCCGGCAAGCCACCCCUCCUCAAGCCCCGCAUCACCACCUUCACCUGCGUGAUCGGGACCAUCGACGGUUUUCCUCCACCUUCUGCCGCUGCCGCGCCUGAGCUUCGGGAUGAUGCGGACUCGAGGGCCUGGCGCCGGCGCGAUCGAGGGA